AUGUCGUCCGUAACUACCCUCCACCGGGACACAGCCUUCCAGGUUCGGUCAUUGUUCCGAGCCCUCAUGCGCCAAUCUUCUCAAUUCUCAAACUAUAACUUCCGCGAAUACGCCCGACGACGGACGAGAGACGCCUUCCGGGAACAUCAGAAGGAAGGCGAAGAGCGUAAGAUACAGGAAUUCAUUCAGGACGGGUUGAAGAAUUUGAGGAUGAUGAAGAGGCAGACUGUGAUCAGUCAAUUCUAUCAAUUAGAUCGAUUGGUUGUGGAGGGGCAGAAGACGGGUAAACAAAUUGGUGAUAAAGGAGAUAUUGCGCGCCAAAAGGAUAUUGGUUGCGAUUAA